UGUUUCAUAAUUUUGGUAAAUAGCCAGCAUAUCAGGGGAUUUCCUAAAACAGAUUCAGAUUUGGCUGCUCCAUACAAAGUGUUUAGCGGGACCAGACAACAUAAAAAAGGACGAAAAAUGUGGUCACACUACAAUUUUGCACGAAAUCAGCUUUGAGGGUUUAGUUUUAGUAUUGAAGAACAUCUGAAUAUAACGACAUGGUGUUUCAUCGACCGCUGCUUUCAGUUUUUGGCGCCAAACGUUUGAAAUUGUUGCUCUGUGCGUUAUCUAUGAUCCUUGUUCUCGUCCUAGUUAGCGUCUACAACUGGUCCACAGCCGUGCAACAAGAUUCGAGCUGUUUAAUACAGACGGAAUUUCAAUCCACAGCAAGAAGUCUACGCACGUCUCUAGGAGAUGUAUUGCUGACGGAACCUAAACCUACACCUGGAAGAAGUAUUUUCUUUCUGGAGACGAGCUGUCCUCAUAAUCCCCAUUCGCUGCAAUUGACGGCACGCCAAGCUUGUGCCAUUGAAUCAGCCGCCUUGCAUAAUCCCAACUUGCAGGUGUUUGUGCUCUUCGCCAGUCCGCGCAAUCAUCCCCAGGACAACAGCAGUGGGAUUAAGGAGCCUCUGAUUGAUGCCAUCUUGAGCUAUCCAAAUGUGCAGCUUCGACAGCUGAACCUUAUGCGCUAUGCAGCAGAUACUCCCAUGGAGGAUUGGUUCAAUGGCGGACAACUCUUCCGUUCCAGCUAUAUGAUCGUUCACAUAUCGGAUCUGCUUCGUUUAAUCACAUUGUAUCGUUUUGGCGGCAUUUACAUGGAUCUAGAUGUCGUACUUCUGCGAAGCUUAGAGAAUGUGCCUCUGAACUAUGCAGGAGCUGAGUCGGAUACCCAUUUAGCCAAUGGGGUCAUAAGCCUAGCUCCCACUGCGUUUGGUCAUGAAUUUGCGGCGUCAUGUCUACGUGACUUUCAACGAAAUUUUGAUGGCAGCGAUUGGGGCAACAAUGGACCUGGUGUGAUAACACGUGUGGCGCAAAGGAUAUGUGAUACGAAAAACAUCACAAUAAUGAUAAAGGAUCAGAAGCGUUGCCUUGGCUUUCAGGUGUUCGAUCGAAAUGCAUUUUAUGCGGUGCCUUGGGUCAACUGGCGAUACUUUUUUGAGCCAGAAUUUCUGGAAGAAACUCUAGAGAAGACGAAGGAUUCCUUUUUGAUACAUGUAUGGAACAAGCACUCCUAUCAACAUCCUGUUAGGGUCGGCAGUGCCUAUGGUAAAAUUGCGGCACAGAAUUGCCCCAAGUCGUAUGCGGCAGCGGGAAAAUAUUUUUAGAGUAAAAUCAAGAUAGUUCAUAGAAGACUAGACUACAUCUAUUAUCUACCUCACGCCUGCAAGAGGCUUAUUUAAACUCAACAACAAUAGACUUAAAGCGAAAGCUAGAUUUACAUACGUAUAUAUUUGUUAAAAUAUAUAUAUUAUUAAGUAUAUUAUUUGUUAAAUCAUUUAAAAUUAUCAGCAUAUUUGAU